CAUUUAAACCUUUGACAAGCACGUGAUUUGUUUAUUAUUUUUGUUUACUCAACAUGUAGAAGUACUUAACGUGUUGAAGUGAGCUGUAAGAUGUGUCUGUACCCUUCUGUAAAUAAGAAUAAUAAAUUAAUCGCUAAACUACAAUAAUAUCCGUUCGGAAGCGGCAACAAUGAAACGUAGACUUGAUUCAACGGAAGCUGACGUUACUUUAAAAGUCGCCGAUAAGACAUUUGCAUGUUGUCGUAAAGUCCUAGCUGAAUGUAGUCCGUACUUCGAUGCCAUGUUCAAUUCAGACUUUUUGGAAAAGGACAAAAACGUAAUUGAAAUUAAGGGCGUGGACACAGAUGCAAUGGGCAUCCUGUUGCACUCGACGGAAGCCAAUGAAGUGGAUGUCCUGAAGUCGGCCAACGUGCUCUCGGUGCUCCAAGCGGCCUGCAUGCUGCAGUUUGAGGCAGUGAAGAGGAGCUGCAUCGACCUGAUCAUGAGCAAGUGGCUGGCGGUGGACAGCUGUCUGCAGAUCGUCCACACUGCGCUGCAACUAGAUCUGUGCGAGCUUCACAGCAAGGCCUUGGCUCUCGCUCUGUGGGAGUUCUCGCAGGUCAAGAGAACCACCUCCUUCAUCCAGCUCUCCAUAGCAGACCUGGAGGUGUACCUGCAGGCCGAUGGCUUGAAUGUCAGGCACGGGGAGUUUGAGGUGUUCGAUGCGGGCAUCAGUUGGGUGGAGGAAGCCGUGGAGGAGAGAGCUCAGUUCUUGAUGCAUGUCAUUCAGUGCGUACGGUUUGUUGAAGUGCUGGGUGACGAUGUACAGACGAUGCUGUUGUACCCUUUGGUGACGGAGGAUGCAGAAGUUGUGCAGCUUCUGGAAUGCAUUUGUAACAUGAAAUCUAUUUCUCGUAAUGAGUGCCAGCAUUCUGUACGUGAAGAUGUUGAGUCUGAGAGUAAUUCACUUUUGGAAGGUUCUAAAUACUUGGCUCCAGUUCUCUCUGCGGAUAAUGCCCCAGGUUGUUAUGAGAGGUUGUGUCAGUGUGCGUAUUUCUCAGGGGGUAGUUUCAAAGUGUCCAGCAACUUCCUCCAAAAUGGUCUUCGGCCUUCUAGUGUUGGCGCGGACUGUAGUCACCCGGAGAGAGAUCCGAGCUGUUCAUCCCUCGUGGAGUUGCCAGAGCAGUGCUGGGGUGCGACGGUGAUCGAUGUGGCAGGCAGGUUGCUGCGACAGUCCCCGCGCUGGUGGCCCGUCCUGCCUUGCAUCGUCGGCCACACGGUCGAGGAAACUCGAGGUGCAUCGUUGCCAGCGGGGAAACCUUUCGUGUUCUGCUACGACGAGGAGAAGGGAGAUGUGGUCCCUGUUGUGCAGUUGGCGAAAAUCAGUGAUGGACCAGUCGAACUGUCUGGUUACAAGAUAGCUAGCAGAGGUCCGAGCAUCUUCAUAACAGGCGGGGAAUUCCUUCUGGGGCACGGCAGCUGGAACAGGACUGUGUGGCGGUACAGUCUCCUCAGUGAGUCCUGGGGGUAUGAAACAAGCAUACCAUCUGUCAGAAGGCACCAUUCUGUGUGCUUUAUGGAUGACGACCUCUACUUGAUCGGUGGCUUUGGCAAGCAUCGUGUUAUCAUGUCCUCAGUCGAGAAGUACAAUGUCACCUCAAGGAAGUGGACCAGAUGCACCCCGCUGCCCCAGCCUCUGUACAACGCAGCGUGCGUCGCGCAUAAGGGACGAAUACUGGUGUUUUCCCAGCAGAUGUUUGUGUACAGCCCUGAUUGUGAUAUGUGGACGUCUCUGAACUUGCAUACCAGCUCUACGUGCCUAGGGUUCAACUCCGCCAUGUCUCAUGGGGAUGUAGUCUUCCUGACAGGCAUGUACUCAACGCUGCUGGCUAGAUACUCUCCCGACCCUGGCACGAUGGAGGGAGAGCAGCUGGUCGACUCCGUGGGCACCUUCAAGGGCAACGCUGCCUACACGUGUGUUGUCGGGGACUUGAUAUACAACUUCACCUCGGAUGACGAGGACGAGACUCUGUUUCUGGAAGUGUUCAGCGUGAAGGAGGGGGAGUUUCGCGUGGUGUGGCGCAGCUCGGACUGCCCCGUCGAGUUCAGCGGCUCCAAGAAGUGGUCCAGUUGCUUUCCUCUGGUCAAGUACUGACCGGGCCGUGGGCUCGUCUCUUGCGCAGGUCAUGCCGUACAGGGAAACUGUUAUUCCUUGUGACCUUGUGACAACUUGUAAAUAUGUAUACUAUUUGGGAGAUAAGUCAACAUUAUGUAUUUGUAAUUAAACUCUGUAUCCCAAAGAUAUUGCAAUUUAAUCGGUAAAUGUAACUACUGCAGAAAGUAAAUUACUUAGAAUGUUUUCUGUGAUUUUUGAAAUGUCAGCCAUAAUUUACUACAAUCACACUUUUUAAUUUUUCAAAUCUGGUAAAGGAGGUAUGAAUUUUUAGCAGAACUUGAACAUCUGACACAAAAAAAAACUUAGAGUGAUUAGCUAAGUCAAUUUCAAGCAUAAAAAGAAGUGUAAAAAUUGUUGACAAAAGAUUCAAGCUCUUGUGUGAUCUAGAUCAGUGGUUCCCAAACUUUUUCAGCUGGCGACCCACCUUUCCUUAUAGGAAUACCUCCAUGGUUUAUUGGUCCAUGGUGGAGUAAACAACCUUAUUUGCAUCGUAUCCCUUCCUUAUAUACUUUACCAUCAAAAUUUUCAUAUAUAUAUAUAUGUGUGUUUUUUUAAGAUACCGAUUGAUUAUUGAUAAACAAUUUGUGUUCUGAUUUGAAAAUGGUUGAAAAAAUAUAAGCUUUUUGUAGCAAAACAGUUAUUUAUCUAACAAUAGAUAUGUGUUUGCACACAAUUCGAUUGGUUUCGAUUUUCCUUAUCUUUUCUGAAGGUUUAUUAGAUGGUUUCUGAUAGUUUUAGGAUAGAGUCGCGACCCACCUGUAACUCUGGGUCGUGACCCACCGUUUGGGAACCGCUGAUCUAGAUAAAUCCACAAAUGAUUAAUAAAUUUUUGCUGACCUCAUUAUUUAAAUUAAAAGACUUCAAAAAGUGUAAAUAAAAAAAAUAAUGACAUUAAAAUCAUGAAAGAAUA